AAUUGCAGUCAACUGAAACAGUCGUGAAAACUGAAGAGCAGAGUGAAUCUGCAAUUGAUAUGUUCGACGAUGAGUUUCAUGCGAUUAUGGAACAGGAUUUUUCUGCUGAAACAAAUGCCAAUGAAACAAGUGAAACAGUGAGGGUCAACGAAGCUUUUGAGACUGAUUCGGAUGCCACUGAAAUUAAUGAGGAUCAUUCAGUCAGUGAAUCUCAGCAAAACACCGAACCAGUGGUCACCAUAAGCUCGAGCAGUGCAUCAGAUAAACAACAGCUGAAUCGUCGUCAAAAGCGAGCUAAAAACCACAAGUGUCAGCAGUGCGACAGAAGCUUUAAUCGUCCAUUUGAUCUUAAGACGCACCUGCUCACAGUGCACACUGGAAUUCGAGCUCACAAGUGCCCAACAUGCUCCACAUCAUUUGGGCAGAAGG